AUGUCUCUUACUGAAAAAGCUUUCUCUUCUGUUGUCCAUUUGGACAAACUUCCUCAGACUCCUCCAGAGUAUGAAUAUCUCGGUAUUCAUAAGAAUGGAAGUUCUCCCUGGGGAGGAGCUGCUUCUUUGGCAUCUACACUAAAAGGAAAGAUGUCCAGAAAAGCUGAAGUACAGAUUUCCAUCAACGGUCACUUUAACUCCAAGGUUUAUACUACCAACUCUGAAAUCUCAGGGGUGGUCAGUAUCACUCCUUCAAGAAACACUCGUUUCGAUCAUGUUGAUAUCUCUCUUGAUGGAAUGAGCGAAACAAGAAGAGAUGGUCCUGAUAUGACACACAUGACGACCCAUCGCUUCCUCCGUCUUGAGAUGCCCAUCGACGAAUCCGAGUAUCCUACCACCCGAAUCCUCUCCGCCGGAACGACAUAUACAUUUCCCUUCAUCUUCAACGUUCCAGCACAUCUUACAUCGAAAGCCUGCACGCACAAGACCAACUCGGAAGAUAUCUGGGAACGACACAUGUGCCUCCCACCAACUCUUCGUGGCUGGGAAAAGGAUGAUAUGGCACCAGAUAUGGCACGAGUAGGAUACAGCAUCAAAGCAUUUGUACUCACACGCGCGAAAGAUGGAUACAACAUUGCUCUCGGAAACUUGCACCGCAUCAACGUCAUUCCUACAUCCUUCGAAGAACCACCUCUGAACAUCACCGAACGAGACGACUUGUACAAGAUUGAAAAGUCGAAGAAGGUCAAGAAGAAUAUCUUUUCUGCAUCUCAAGGACGAAUCUCUGCUGUAGCGGCUCAACCUGCUGCUAUCCAUCUCAGCAAAGAAGGAUAUGAAGCUAGCGGAUCGUCUGUUCCUAUCAGUUUUACCUUUGAACCUUCAUCCGCAGACGUUAUUCCUCCUCAAAUUACAUCUGCGUCUAUGAAGAUUCAGUCCCAUACAUGGUUCCGCGAUCAACCAAUGCGAGCACUCCCAACUCAGGGCUCACAAGUAGCCAACUUUGGAUAUCCCUUUUCCGUUUCUCUACCCAAGACCGAAACCAAGAUUCAAUGGACGCAGAAUCUGGAUAUGCAGUCUACAAAGACAUCACCAGUUUUCCACACCGCGACCCUCGAAGUACCGUUCACACUACCGGAGGAUAAGAUGUUUGUUCCAACGUUUCACUCGUGUAUUAUCUCUCGAGCGUAUACUGUCAAGGUUGUUCUUGAGGGGGAUGUCAAGAUUGAUUUGGUAGUUCCUGUACAAGUCGUUAUGGGAAGCCCAGAUGUUUGA